CUCUCGCCCUGGCCGCUCGCGCAGCUGCUCGGCUCUUGCUAUAUAAAGGGGCGAAGCGGGCAGAGCGGGCGGCUGGCGGCGGCGGCUGCAGCCCCAGGGCCGGCGAACGAGGCCGGGCCAGGCCGCGGGGCUGCCCGUGAGCCGGGGCGGGACGCGCGGGCUCUGGGGGGACGCAGCCGGGCAGGUUUAUUGUUUUAGGGGCGACUUCCCCCCCCCCCUCUCUUCCCCCCCGUGGUUGGGGGCGUCCCGGGGGGCUCGGGACAUGGCGAGCUCGACUAACACAAACCCCGUGCCUAAAUUGUACAGGUCUGUAAUUGAAGAUGUCAUCAAUGAUGUCAGAGAAGUUUUUCUGGAUGAAGGAGUGGAUGAACAAGUUCUUCUGGAACUCAAAACACUGUGGGAGAACAAGCUGAUGCAGUCCAAGGCUGUAGAUGGUUUCCAUUCAGAAGAGCAGCAGCUUUUGUUGCAGGUGCAACAGCAGCAGCAGCAGCAACAGCAGCAGCAUCAUCACCACCACCAUCACACACAACCUCAGCCACAGCAGACUGUGCAGCAACAGUCUCAGCCACAACAGGUCCUUAUCCCAGCAUCUCAGCAAGCACCUCAGCAGCAGGUUAUUGUGCCAGAUUCCAAGCUGAUACCGCACAUGAAUGCAUCAGGCAUGAGUGCUGCAGCCACUGCAGCUACGUUGGCUCUCCCUGCUGGAGUUACUCCUGUUCAGCAGAUACUUACAAAUUCAGGCCAGAUCCUCCAAGUAGUUAGAACUGCAAAUGGCGCUCAGUAUAUCAUUCAACCGCAGCAGCCAGUUGUUCUACAGCAGCAGGUCAUACCACAAAUGCAGCCUGGUGGAGUACAAGCACCUGUUAUACAGCAGGUUUUGGCUCCUAUCCCUGGAGGGAUUUCCCAGCAGACAGGAGUGAUUAUUCAGCCUCAGCAGAUCCUGUUUACAGGAAAUAAAACGCAAGUCAUACCUACAACAGUGGCUGCCCCUACACCAGCACAAGCACAGAUUCCUGCAGCUGGUCAGCAGCAACCACAACAGCAGGCACAACCACAAGCACCCCUCGUUCUCCAAGUUGAUGGAGCAGGAGAUACAUCAUCUGAAGAAGAGGAAGAUGAGGAGGAAGACUAUGAUGAUGACGAAGAGGAAGACAAAGAAAAAGAUGGGGGUGAAGAUGGCCAAGUUGAAGAGGAACCUCUUAACAGUGAAGAUGAUGUGAGUGAUGAGGAAGGACAAGAACUGUUCGAUACGGAAAAUGUUGUUGUGUGCCAGUAUGAUAAGAUUCAUAGAAGUAAAAACAAAUGGAAAUUUCAUCUCAAAGAUGGCAUCAUGAAUCUUAACGGAAGAGAUUAUGUAUUUUCCAAAGCCAUUGGGGAUGCUGAAUGGUGAAGUUUUAAAAGACAAAACAAAAAAAACUCCCUGUAAAAGGAAAAAAAAAUAAUCAAAAGCAGGAAAGGUUGAGACUUGGAAGUAUACUCCAAUCAAAAUGUGUAUCUGCACAUCAGAAAUAAACAGUAAACAAACAUAUUGGAACAAAGAUAAAAUGUGGCAACAAGACACUACUUCAGAUGAGCAAGCCAUGGACUGUAGCAGCUAUAGCAUUGUCUGGGAGCUGGUUUUGUGUGUUAGGAAUACCUUAAUUAUCAAUUAAACAUACAGGUACCUACAGCUGGUAUUUAGCAUGUAAGGCUUUGUUCCCCCUCUCCCCUUCUUCCCUUAAGAUUUAAAAAGAAAAACUUCUUCCACUGAUUGAAGGAACUCUUCCCUUUGAUAGAUUAUUAAUCUGAAAAUGCUUAUUGUGUGUACAAAUCUUUGCUUUGAACACUUCCUUUUGGUAGUGAGGAUGGUCAGAAUGUUACUUAAACUGCGUGCAGGCUUUGUACAGAAGGGUCAGAAUUAAGGUGUUAAAUUUUAAAUAACUUGUAUAAGGAAAAUAUUUUUAAUUCUCCUAUGUUCUUUACUUACUAUAUCUAUUUGUUGUUUUCAGUUCGGUUCCCCAUAAACAGGUUUGUUGUUCCUAGCAGUUACAAAAUGGUAAAAUGAUCAUUUAUAUUUCCCAAUUAUUUUAAUUUCAUGUAAGUGAUGAUACUUUUUAUUUAGGGCUGUGUUUUUUAAAAUUCUAAGCACCUGUAGCUCCCUCCCAUACAAGUCAGACUGCUUAACUUGUUCAUUAUAUUCUUGCUGUUGGGUGGUAGCUCAGCAUCACUGAACUGAAAUGAUUAAUACAGUUUCUGUUGAUGUUUUGGGUAAAUUUAAAAAACAAAAAAGGCUUUGGGGACAUUUUUUAAUCAAAUGUGUGAGUAAUGAUAUAAUAGAUGCAUUCCUUCUCUGGCUUACUACGUAUGUAGUCCAGACAGCAACAAAUAAUUCAACAGACCACAAGAAUGACUACAUUUUAAUAUAGAAAAUGACUGAAGACUCUAACAUCCUGAGUGCAACUCUUAAUCAAAGAUCUGCUUUACUAAAAAAUGUAACCAUUUAACUUACUUGCAGCAGUUAACAUCUCUAAAGUUUCCAAGUGGCAUGUAAAUUCAAGAAGAGAGCUGCACAGCUUUGAGAACACAAAUUUUGUUAGCGUAUCUUGAGACUGUCUUGGUAACAGCAAAUCAAGCAGUUGGAUGCACUAAACCUUGAGUAGUCACUUUUUCACUUGCCUUUUCCAGAGGGUAUUUUUGUGGUGGAUUUUUGUUUGGUUUUUUAAUUUUUUUUUGUGAAAUGCAACAAGGUUGGAAACAGUUACUUUUGAAUGAGGAGAAGGAAUGGACAUGAUACUGCAGAAACUGAGGAAGGAAUGUUCAUGUGGCUCACCAUUUCAAAUAAUUGCUGCCUUUCAUUGGGUGCUUGGAAAUAUGUGAUGAAGAUAAUUUUAACUAAAUUGGGAAGGACUGUCAGAAGCAGACAUCUGAACCAUCACUUCUGACCUUUUUUUUUUGUUUUGCUUUAGAAUUAAACAUUAUUUAACAUCACAAGUAUAUUUUAUCAGUGUAUAACGACUGUUCUGAUUUUUUUUGUUCUCUGAUUUUACUUGCCUCCAAGUGCGUUCUCAGUAGUACAUAGAAAACUCAGAACACAUUGUAAAGAGGGCUUUUUUUCUGUGGUUUUGCAUACCUGUGCUCCUUGAUACAGACUAAAACUGCCUGCAGGCUGUGUCUCGAGCCAUAUGCUUGUUAGUAAGUCAUCUACAUGUAUAAGCUUUAUAAAAAAAGUUAAUUGAUGUGUCUUCUUAAGUAAUGGAAUCAUCAUUUAGAGUGCAUUUUUGACUUGGGGCUUCAAACCAAUUGGUGUUUGCUUUCCUCUGAACAAAGCAGGUAUUUUACUUCAAAUUUUUUACCACUGUUGACACGUUUAUGUACAAUUGCAAUGAAAUCAGUAAUGUACCAACUAGUUCCUUCCCUCAUCUUUUCCAUAUCGGUUACCAAUAAGUCUUAAGUAAUGGACUUCAGAAAAGUUCCCGUGACACUGCACAGCCAAUAAAAGGGGAGGGGGGAAAUCCCUUUAGCUGUUGAUUCCUGUUUAUACUCCUGGAACCCAGCUUACUUUUACAACACUUUGUUUUCGUGCAUCUUAGUGAUUUAUGUUUCUCUUUUCUUUCACCCUCAUACAUAUACUAGAAAUGCAUAGCCUUUUUAUUUAUUUUGAAGAGAUAGCAGAACUUAAAAGGUAACUUAAGCUUAGCCUGUUCUGAAGGAUGUUAGAUGCUUUCUGAACGUGCACAGUCUCUUGCAAGCUAAUUGUAUGGUAUGCUUUUCAGAUAAGAAGUGUUGUCUUCAAAUAUAAACACCUAUGAGGUUUUCAGAAAGCCAGUCAAAUAUGAACACACCAAACUGUGCUCUUAUUGCUACAUCAAGUGUUCCUUUUUUAAAAUCAAAAAGCAUGUUUUAAUUUCAUUUUAUUGUAGCAGCUUGCUGUAAGAAUGUAGUUUGCUUAAUUUUAUUAUUGUACUUGAAUUUUUAAUCAUGGUUUUAACAAUGUAACUGAACAGACCAUUUCAUGAGGUUCCAAAGAAACCAUUCCUUUCAGAGGGCAAGGGAUUCCCAUAUUCAUAGUUCAUACAUUAAUUAUUUUUUUUUGUCCCCUUGGAAGCAGUUUUUUGUCUGCUUGAAGGUAGUUUGUUUUGGUUUGGUUUUUUCCCCAUUUAAUUAGUUCAGUAUUAUGGAAACAAAUGAUUUCAAGAGGGCUUACGUUAAAAUUUGCACAGAUAUUGGAGCACCUUUUUGUGAUGGAAAAAAUGGGGAAAGAUAACUUCUUAAUUAUAACCACAAAGGCUGAGGGAAACUUGUAGAGCAACUGGGCAAAAUUAGGAGUCCUGUGCCUUUUCAGUUUGCAGAAUACAUGUUUUGCCAGGAUGAUAAUACUUUUUUUGUUGUUUUUUAAUAUUAUUAUUUUUUAUUCCUGAGAGAGUAAUUUUCCUGCAAUGCUUCAAUCAUCAGAAAAGCAACUUUUUGUGUCUAAUUCUGUUGAUUUUUAGUGUGUGCAAUCAUUUUAAAACAUCUUAAGUCGAAAACAAAUUGAAAUGUGUUUUCUGUUAAGGAGAUAGAGAAUUUAGUCAAAUAAGGAACUUUAUAUUGGGCUAUUUAAAUAAGACACGUUUUUAUUCCCCCUCAGUUGCUGGUUAGCAACAGAUUUCUUUGAGACUUCAUACUCCUUGUUUUACUGCAUUGUAUUCACAAGUUGCAUUUGAACAUCAUUCAGUUUCCUAAACAUGAUUUCAAGUGAUAAUUGUGGUCCGAGUUUGUUUCCAAGAGUAUGAUGCAUGAUUCUGAAGCACAGUUUCUAGAAAAGAGCAAAGAACAUGUAUCAUGUAACAGAUCUUUUUAAUAAAUGUCAUCUCUAUUUCUCCUGCACAAUUA